GACUUUUCAUUUGCCGCGAUUAGCCGCAUUUUCUGCUCACCAGUCGCCUCGGUCGGCUGCUGGACAGAAUGCUCUGGUUGGCACUACUCCUCGUUGGCAUACUCUGCCUGCUGCUGUGGAAUCACUUGUGCCGGAAGAGGCGCAACCAUAUGCUGCACUAUAUGCCAGGUCCGCCGACAUUGCCGUUUCUAGGGAAUGUGCUCCUCUAUCGCGGCAUUGAUGGCGAACAUAUAAUGGACUAUACGCUGGCCAAUUGCAAGAAAUAUGGUCGCAUGUAUCGCAUCUGGGCGCUCUAUCAGCUGGCCAUCUUCUCCACCGAUCCGCGUGAUGUGGAGUUCGUCUUGGGCAGUCCACAGUUAAUCACAAAGAACAAUAUAUACAAUCUGCUGCGGCCCUGGCUGGGCACCGGCCUCCUGAUGAGCACGGGCAGCAAAUGGCGUGCUCGACGCAAAAUCAUUACGCCCACCUUCCAUUUCAAGAUACUCGAGGAGUUCGUGGACAUCUUUGAUCAGCAGAGCUCCAUAUUGGUGCUGCAGCUGCAGCAGCAUGCCGACGGCCGAACUCCGCUCAACAUAGUACCCUUUAUUUUUCUAACGGCACUCGAUAUUAUAGCAGAAACCGCCAUGGGCACCAAAGUAAAUGCACAGAAGCAGCCCCACUUGCCAUAUGUGCAGGCUAUAUAUGAGUUAGCGAGCAUCAUGACAGACCGCUUUAUAAAGCCAUGGCUGCGCAAUGAAUGGAUAUUUCGUUUGAUGAAGCCAAGGCUGGCCAAGAAGUAGGAUGCGCUGAUCAGAGUAAUGCACGAGUUUACCGAAUGCAUCAUUAAGCAGCGACGCGAGGCGCUCGUCAACGAUCAGCAGCAGCAGCUAAAUACUGGCGAUGAGGGCAACGUUCCGGGUCAAAAGCGUCGCUUGGCGCUGCUAGAUGUGCUGCUGCAGGCCACCGCGUUGAAUGGUGCGCCGCUGAGCGAUGAAGAUAUACGCGAAGAGGUGGACACGUUCAUGUUCGAGGGCCAUGACACAACCACAAGCGGCAUAUCGUUCUGUUUCUACGAGAUCUCACGCCAUGCGGCCGUGCAGCAGCGCCUGAUCAAUGAGAUUGACGAGGUGCUCGAGUAUUUGGAGUGUGUAAUCAAGGAGGCGUUGCGCCUCUAUCCACCCGUGCCCAUCAUAGCGCGCACCUUUAGCGAGGAUGUGCAGAUACGCGGCAAACGCAUUCCCGCCGGCACCGAUUUCUUUGUGGGCAUCUUUGCGCUGCUAAGGGAUGCUCGCGAAUUCCAGGCGCCCAAUGAAUUCCGGCCCGAGCGCUUUGCCAGCGACGUGUUCACGUCGACGACGACAGAAUCGCAACCACACCAGGUGCAUCCAUAUGCCAAUGUGCCCUUCUCGGCGGGUCCGCGCAACUGCAUUGGCCAGAAGUUCGCCAUGCUCGAGAUGAAGUGCACCAUUUGCAGGGUGCUGCAGCAUUUCGAGCUGCUGCCGUUGGGCCCACAACCGCGGCCCAUGCUUAGCCUCGUCUUGCGAUCGGUAAAUGGCGUGCACCUGGGCCUGCGUCCACGCCUGGAUAAAUACCUCGUGCCAAUAUAUCGCUGCACACUUUUGAAUAAACCAAGUAGUCAGAAAAUGAUACAAAUUUUAUAUUUGUAUUUGGUAAAUGAAUGCAAGUCUUUCUUUGCAGAGUAUGCAAAGAUGUUGCUCGUAUUGUUAGUGACUGCUUUGGUAGUUUUUUUGUUGCGCUUCCUGUUGCAACUGUUAUGGAAGGAGCGCAGGCACCGCCAGCAACUGGAGGGCGUGGCGCCCAAUGUGUCCCAAGUGCCGCUCAUUGGCACGCUCUGGCAGAUGCGUGACUUUCAGCCGGAUAAUUUACACGAAAAGUUUGCGGCUUAUGUGAAGCGUUACGGGCGCAGUUUUGUGGCCACAACAUGCGGCCGCAUGGUGCUGGUCACCGCCGAGCCGAGGCAUGUGGAUGCGCUGCUCUUGAGCAAACAGCAGCUGCGAAAGAGCGUCGUUUAUGGCGCCCUGGGCGGCUGGCUGGGCAACGGCUUGCUGCUCAGUCGUGGCGAUCGUUGGCAUGCCAUGCGCAAGAUUAUAACGCCCACAUUUCACUUUAGCAUCUUGGAGCAGUACAUCGAGGUGUUUGACAGGCAGUGCAAUGUGCUGGUGGGCAAACUGAAGCCCCUGGCCGCAGACACCGAUCAGCAGGCGUUCAACAUAUAUCCGUAUAUGUGCCUGGCUGCACUGGACAUCAUCAGCGAGGCGGCGAUGGGCGUCAGUGUCGAUGCGCAGCGGAAUGUGGAUGCGCCGGUGGUGCAGGCUGUUAAGGACGUGACCAAUAUACUGGCGACACGUUUUAUGCGACCGCAUUUGUUGCCACCGCUGCUGUUCCGCUUGCUCUGGCCCAGCGGCUACCGCAAGCAGUGGGACGGCGUCCAGUGUCUGCACAGCUUCACCGACGACAUCAUCAAGCGGCGUCGUCAGCUGUUGCUGCAUGAGCAGCAGCUGGGCAAACGGUCCGCCUUAUUGGAUACAUUGCUGCAGGCACGCCUGGAGGGCGCACCGCUGACAGACGCACAGAUACGCGAUGAGGUGAGCACGUUCAUCUUUGCGGGCCACGAUACGACCACAUCAGCCGCCUCCUUCUGCCUGUUUCUGCUGUCGCGCCAUGCGGCAGUGCAGCGACGUUUGUUUGAGGAGCUGUAUGCCCACUAUGGCCCGGCUGUGGAUCGUCCGGUUAUCUAUGGCGACUUUGCGGAUCUGCCCUAUUUGCACUGCGUGAUCAAGGAGUCGCUGCGCCUCUAUCCGCCCAUACCAGCGGUGGGCCGUUGCCUGGAAAGCGAUUUGGUGUUGGCAGGUGAGGCAGGUGAGGCGCAUGUGCCCGCGGGCACCAAUGUGAUUGUGCUGCUCUGGCAGCUGCUGCACGACGAGCAGCUGUACGAGGACCCGCUGCGCUUCUGGCCGGAGCGGCAUUUGGACAGCCAUAAAGCGCCAGAUGCUGGCGCCGCCAGAGCCUGCUCCAGCUAUAUACCAUUCAGCGCUGGUCCGCGCAAUUGCAUUGGCCAGCGUUUUGCGCUGCUGGAGCUGAAGACGAUUGUCAUCAAAAUGUUGCGGCAUUUCGAGCUGCUGCCACUUGGCGCCGAUGUGAAGCCUUCAAUUAAAAUUGUGCUGCGCUCCGCCACGGGCGUUAAUUUGGGCUUAAAGAAGCGUUCGUACGCGAAUUGAAUGUGAUUUAGUUGUUUCGUGGCGUAAACAAUAAAUACAUAUGUUUGGUUUA